GACUGUCCAGGCCUCAAUCCUCCCCACCCCCCCCUUUCCGGAUCCAAUCACCCCCACGCAGACACCAUUCCUAUAAAAUCCCAAAGAUCAGAUCCGGCAGCCGUCAAGAAAAUUCGUCCUUGGAAAACAGGAGGAAAGAGGAAAAGAACCCAUCUUUGUUUCGUUCUUGGAAGUUGAGAAAAGCCAUGCGUUGCUAUGGCGUAGCCCUGCCCGGAGGCGACCCGUCUCGCCUCUGCCUCCCUCCUCCUCCUCCGCCCUUUCCGUCGGCCCGCACCCACGGCCACCGGGCGUUCUUGCCGACCCGGGUGCGGUUCGGGGCCGUCCGGUGCGCGGCCGGCCGGAUCGACGACGGGGCCGUGGCGGACGCCGCCCGGUGCUCGGCGGCGGAGGCGAGCUUCUACGACCUCCUGGGGAUACCCGAGUCGGGGACGCUGCCCGAGAUCAAGCAGGCGUACAAGCAGCUCGCGCGCAAGUACCACCCGGACGUCUCCCCGCCGGGCCGCGUCGAGGAGUACACCCAGCGGUUCAUCCGGGUCCAGGAGGCCUACGAGACGCUGUCGGACCCGCGCAGGAGGGCCGUGUACGACAGGGACCUGGCCAGGGGGAUUCACUUGGCGUUCUCCGCUCGCAGGCCCUAUCGGGGUGAUGAGGACUUAGAGGAUAAAAGCGAAUGGAAGAGCCGUUGGCAGGUGCAGCUCUCGGGUUUGAAGAGGAGAAGCGCUCACAAAGAUUCCAGAGGAAACAUGUCUUGGGGUGCACGGAUGCGCAAACAAAUGGAGGAAUCGUCAGAGAACUCGUAAAUUGAUUCGUGUUUAGUCAUGUACAUAUAUAGCUGCUGGUUUAAUAGAGGAUUUCUAAGGCACUGCUCAGUGAGCAUAUGCUCUUAAUUGAACGAGAGAAACUAGUAGAGUGAGAUGCUUAUCGAGCAGUCACUUAAAGGCGAGAAAUGUAUAGUUUAUGGUGUUGAUUGUUCACAAUAAAUCUACAAGCAAAAUGCGGUGUAUAAAGUUUGAUGAGAUCGACUUCUCUGUUUUCCGAGUACCCUUUUCUUCA